UAAACUUUUGCUUGAGUUUUAUGUUCUGUACCUUUAGAUAAAAUUAAUUAGGUUUUAGUUUAUGAUACUCAGUUUUUAUUUUCAAAUUGUAUUUUUAAUUACCAUAAUGUCAGAAAAUAAGACGACUGAAACAACUGUUGGUAAAACUAAAAAUUUUAUCCAGGAAUCAAGAGUUCAUGAUUAUAUAUAUGAUCCCUUGUAUACAGUCUCAAGUCAGAGAGACCAUGUAAAAGCUUCAGAAAAAGCAUUCUCUGCACAGAUGAGUGUGAAACCACUUGUGAACUUUGGAACCAUGUUUAGUGAGUUAUCUCAUUAUCCACCAUAUCAAGGUCAUGUAAAAGUAGAAAGCAGUGUUCCACUUCCUGUAACAAAAGAGUUCAAGGGAUCAAAAGGGAAUUCCCAAGAGCAGAAGUCAUUUUUGAGUUGUGAUGCAUCAGCUGUAGGUGGUAAUGAACGACAUUUGUAUUUUCACCGGCCUAUUUUGCCAUUUUUGCAACCUGUCCCUGCAGAUAUUCAUUUAACAGAAGAUCAUCCAAGUAUUCUUAAACUUUUGUGUGAAGAAAAGGAAACUCAGAAAAGCCAAAAAGACACAAGUCAUCAUUCAUUUAGUACUCAAACUGAUUAUCGGGAAGGCGAAACACAAACUGAUCCUUGGACUCCUGACUUUAUUGUAAAACCAGGAAUUAACAGUGAAAUAUUAACUCUUGCAACUUUAUCUUAUGGAUGUGGGUUACCAGCAGGCAAGACUGAAGUAGAAAUGAUCGAACGAGCUAGAAAAAAACGUCAUUUAGAAGCCAGUUUACCUCCAUUAACCUCAAACAAAGAACAGUGGGAGAAAAGACAAAGAAUAUUGGCUGAAAUAGAAUUCAGUGAAUGGUCAUUUAGAGAAAAUAAAAUUGAAAGACUUCAACAAAAACGUCAAAAACUGCUUGAAAAAACUAUAAUAGAUAAAAAUAGCAAAUCAAAAAAAGAAAAUGAGGACAGGCUCCAAAGUUUAUGGAAUAAGAAACAAGAAGAAAAAAAUAAAACUGUGAGGAGACUUGAGGCUAAACAUACCAGAGAAGUUCAACGGUUAGACAGACUUCAUGAAAAGGAAAUGGAUUACUCUAGUAAUACGGGAGUAAUUGAAAAGUUUGCAGAUUAUGGUUCCGAAGUUUAUGCACCAAUUCCAAGACAGGGUAUUCUACGUAACACAUUAGAGGGUUUUAAAAGAAUUGAAAAAAACAAGUAUUUAACAACCUACAAGGGGCUUAAGGGCCUCGAAUCUUGGCUUCGUGGUACUGGCAAGGUAGAUACCAAUCCAUGUACUCCACAAUUUAAGAGGGGCUCUUCAAAAUCUGCCCGCUAUAAUAGACUAUUGACACAAAUCCAAAAAGAUAUUGAAAGAGAAAAAGCUUCUAAGUGUCGAUCUGCUACUCCUCUUCGAUUUUUGAAAAAGGUUAAAAAACCAGAGCCUUCUCCACAGCCACCUACUGUUGUACCUGUAACAUGGGAAGAACUGGAAAGAGAAAAGGCAGCAGUCAUUUUGCAACGUUUUAUUCGUGGCAGAGCUGUGCAAAAUCAGAUCUUUGAAGGAAAGGAAAGAUGUAAAGAUGUGAUCAAAGAACUACGUAGUACUCAGGUCACAUGCCAGACAGAAGAAGCUAUGGAACAAGAACAAAAACUCAUUGCUAUAGCUCUACAGAAUCAGCGUAAAAACCAGAAGGAACAAGAAGCUAUAGUGGAUGAGAUGUUAUCAGAACUAGAAGGCAAAACAGUGGGGUCUCUUUUGGAUUUCCUCAGCAAGGAACUACUUCGGCUGCAGGAUGAAAGAAAAAUUCAAGCUGCAGUCAUUAUGGCAGAAAGAGAGCGAAGAAUGCAAGAAGCCCAAGAAGCAGGUCAAAGACAAGUUGAAGAAUGGAGACGUCAACAAGAAGAUGAAAUAUUUAAACAGCUUGUGAAAAUUAAUGAAGAUACCAUUGAUACCUAUCUAGAGAACAUUAUCAUGGACAGUGCCAUAGCAACAGCUGAAGAUGAGGCACAAAAAGAAGCUCAACACUUGAUAGAAAAAUUAUCACAUGUGGCAACAGAAGCAGAAGAAAGGUAUAGUUAUACCAAAAGGAAAGAAAUGAUAGCUGAGUUAGUCCAUUGUUUCCUAUUUCCUGAGGUAAAUAAGAAAGCUAUCAAGAAAAGAGGUGACUUUCAACAAGAAAGGUACCAUCAUGUGGUUCACAAUAUCUUAUAUGAUACAACUGAGCCUUUGGUCAGUGAAACCAAGUUAAUUGACACUAGUCAAAAUACUGAAAAAAUAUCUUCCAUCUCAAAAUGUCUCAAGGCUGUAAGUCUGUCACCUGUAGAUGUAAGUCAUAAAAAUGUUUGUGAUCCAACUGAACAUCAUCAUCAUGGGAAAGACAAAAACAUUUCUAAGUUAAAAAACUCAAUGGAACAACUUGCUGACCAUCUAAAAGGUGAAAAUAUAAUUGAACUACUUGAUGACCAUGGACAGGAUGAAGAUACAAUGGAACAACUUGCUGACCAUCUAAAAGGUGAACAUAUAAUUAAACUACUUGAUGACCAUGGACAGGAUGAAGAUACAACAGAACAACAUGUUGACUAUCGACAAGAUGAAAACAUAAUAGAACAACUUGACCAUCUAAAAGGUGAAAAUAUAAUUGAACUACUUGAUGACCAUGGACAGGAUGAAGAUACAACAGAACAACAUGUUGACUAUCGACAAGAUGAAAACACAAUGGAACAACUUGAUGACCAUCUAAAAGGUGAAAAUAUAAUUGAACUACUUGAUGACCAUGGACAGGAUGAAGAUACAACAGAACAACAUGUUGACUAUCGACAAGAUGAAAACAUAAUGGAACAACUUGAUGACCAUCUAAAAGGUGAAAAUAUAAUUGAACUACUUGAUGACCAUGGAAAGGAUGAAGAUACAACAGAACAACAUGUUGACUAUCGACAGGAUGAAAACAUAAUGGAACAACUUGAUGACCAUGGACAGGAUGAAGAUACAAUAGAACAAGUUGCUGACCAUCUAAAAGGUGAAAAUAUAAUUGAACUACUUGAUGACCAUGGACAAGAUGAAAAUACAAAGGAACAACUUUCUGACCAUGGACAAGACAAAAAUACUGUGGAAUAACUCGAUGACCAUGAAUGAAAAUAUAAAAAAGCAUCUUGCUAACUGUGGACAGGAUGAAAAUACAAUAGAAUAACAUAUUGAUCAAUGACAGAAUUAAAAUACAGUGGAAUAACUUACUGAUUGUGGACAAGAUGAAAAUACAAUGGAAUAGCUUGAUCCUAGUGGACAAUAUAACAAUUCAACUGAUCAUAGUCAAGAUUAAAGUACAAUAAAUUCAGUUAACCAUGAACAGGAUUAAAUAUUUCUGGAAAGAGUGAAAACUGAGACCAGGUGUUUUAUCCAACUAGGCUACCACUUGAAACAAAUUUUAUCUUCUGCAUAGCUGUAAUACAGAAUGAGAUACAACUCAGAUGAGUAGACAGGAUGAAAAACAACUGGAUAGAAUGAAAAUUGAUCUGAAUUAAACAAACUCAGUAUGCCAUGAACAGGACCAAAUACAACUCAACCAACUGCAACUGUGAUGAAACACUUCUCAGCUGACUGGAUAGAAUGAAAACAGAUCUCAACUAAAUAUACUCAGUAGACCAUGAACAGCUUUAAACACAACUCAAAAGACCAUGGAUGGGAUGAAACAUAUCUAAGCUGACAGGACAGUAUGAAAAUACAUCCCUUCUAAACAAACUUAGUAAACCAUGUACAGAAUCAAACACAACUCAACAGAUCAUGGAUGGAAUGCAACACAACUCAGCUGACUGGGCAGGAUGAAAACUCAUCUGAAUUAAA